CCCUGGUUCUUGGUGUUUUUCUGCCUGUAACUCUCUAUUAUCAUGGAAUUUCACAAGGAACAAAGAUGAAUGCGGGUGUAUUUAACCUGCCAGGCUUAACCAAAUACCUAGAUUGAUUCUCUAAUGUGAUUUGUCCUGGUGUGAUAGGGGCUAGAACUGAAGCCUAAACACUGCCAUCUUAUAGAGAAGCCACUUGGGCCCUGGGCAGAGGUGUCAUUCUCACAAGAGUUAAUGUACAUCAAUUUUCAGAAGUGUUAAAGGUAAAAAUGUCCACUGCUACCCCACUUCCCUUGCAACAAACCACAGACUUUAGCUUCUGUAUAGACAGCUUGUCUUGCACACCCCUGCGCCCCCCUGAACAAGAAAAGGAUGUGAUUUUGCAGCUUAAAUGCCUCGCUCACCCUGAGCUCGGGGCCACAGGUUGGAGAGACAUGAGUCUUCCGUAGCUGCCGGCAAUAAAGACCCUGCAAUUUGGCAUACUUUUGUCUUGGUGUUGAUUUUCUGCUCACUCUGGUGCUACAUCUGGAGAUCUUUCUUUGUCCAUCACCAGACAAAAGCCAUCUUAGAGCCUUAGCUGGGUGGUUGCCCUGCCCUGGGGAUCCCUAAGGGAGGCACCCCCUGAGACGUUCCAGGGCCCCAGGGUUCAGGCCCCGUGGUGACUGUGUAAUCGCUGCCCACGUUCACUCAAAAUUCUUCAGGGUCCUGGGAAUCUCCAGAGGAUGUUCGUGGAAGACCAGGACAUAGAUGAGGGGAUUUUCUGUGACACUGUAUUCAAGCACUUCAAAAGACAUAAGCUGGAGAUUUCAAAUGCAAUAAAAAAGACAUUUCCAUUCCUUGAGGGCCUCCAUGACCGUGAACUCAUCACAGAUAAAAUGUUUGAAGAUUCUCAAGAUUCUUGUAGAAACCUGGUCCCUGUGCAAAAAGUGGUGUACAAUGUCCUCAGUGAACUGGAGAAGACAUUUAACCUGUCAGUUCUGGAAGCGCUGUUCAGCGAGGUCAACAUGCAGGAAUACCCCGAUUUAAUUCACAUUUAUAAAAGCUUCAAAAAUGCGAUCCAAGGCAAAUUAUGUUUCCAAGAAAGUGACGGAAAAGAAAAGAAAGAGAGGCCUGACAUCCAGCUAAGUCUUAAACGAGGGGCAGAGCUACCAGCAUGUGAAAAUGGUUCCCGUGUCAUGUGUUCCUCAGAAGAAGGCCCGGAAGCAAAGAUGGAAGGUGACCAAGCAUGUGGCCAAGUGGAUACUGUGGAUGUUGGAAAAAAUUCUACUUUGGGAAAACCCAAGAGGAAAAGAAAAAAAAAGAAGGGGCAUUCCUGGACCAGAAUAAAAAGGACAACGCAGAAAAAAAUCCAACAGAAUGAUAACGGCAAAGCCGAUAGCCAGCUGGUCUCCAGUGAAAAGAAGGCGAACGUGAAUCUGCCAGGCCCUUCCAAGAUUACGGGGAGAAAGAGAGGCAGACCUAGAGCCUGCUUCACUCGGAGUGACAGAGAUCCACAGAAAAGAGUCCAGUCAAGAGCUUCAAGAAGGCACAAAGAUAAAACUGUGGAUUUUAAGGAUUCUUUACUUCUGGUGACCUGUGGUGAGAUGAAGGGGAUUUUAUACAAGGAGAAAUUGAAACAAGGAAUCCCGGUGAAGUGUAUACAGACUGAGGAUGGAAAUUGGUUCACCCCCAGGGAAUUUGAAAUCAAAGGAGGCCACGAAAGAUCAAAGAACUGGAGGCUGAGUGUGCGCUGUGGCGGGUGGCCCCUACAACGGCUGAUGGAGGAAGGAUCUCUACAUAACCCUUCAAGAAUUUAUUAUGGGAAGAAAAAGGGAAUACUGAAGUCUCACAAGAAUACCUCAGUUGACCCUUGUAUGAGAAACUUGGAUGAGUGCGAGGUUUGCCGGGACGGAGGGGAUCUGUUCUGUUGCGACACUUGUUCAAGAGUCUUCCAUGAGGACUGCCACAUCCCACCUGUGGAAUCUGAGAAGUCCCCGUGGAGUUGCAUCUUCUGCAGGAUGAAGGAGUCUGCAGGAAGCCAACAGUGCUGUCAGGAAUCUGAGGUCCUGGAGAGGCAGAUGUGUCCUGAGGAACAGUCGAAAUGUGAAUUCCUCCUCUUGAAACUCUAUUGCUGUUCUGAGAGCUCCUUUUUUGCCAAGAUUCCGUAUUAUUAUUAUAUUAGAGAGGCGUGUCAAGGCCUGAAGGAGCCCAUGUGGUUGGAUAAAAUCAAGAAGAGGCUGAAUGAGCACGAUUAUUCCCGAGUGGAGGGGUUUGUACGAGACAUGCGCCUCAUCUUCCAGAACCACAGGGCAUCAUACAAGUACAAGGAUUUUGGCCAAAUGGGACUUCGACUGGAGGCUGAAUUUGAGAAGAAUUUGAAGGAAGUGUUUGCUAUUCGGGAAACAAAUGAGAACAGUUGACUAGUUAGUGGAUGCUGAAGGCCUUCAGGAAAUGGUACCCCAAAAUAUGCCACUGCUUUGCCACUUACUUCAAACUGAGGGCACUUGGGCACAGCACAUGCAGGGAGGGGCUUUUCUCUGAGCCUCCCUCAUCUGCCCAAAGACAAAUCCUCCAAAAGAAAUUCAAUCAUCAUGAAUCCCAUCACCAACAAUCUCAUCAGCCAGGGAAGGGUAACUGGGACCACAGAGAAGGAGGUGGGAGGGGACACCAGCACAGCCAGACUCUCAUCUUUUCUCCUGAGGGCUGCUCCAGACAUUUAUUACUCACAAGACCUUUUAUCUGAAAAACCAACCAAGCUUUAUUUAGGACACACUUCUUCCUUUCCCCCUCCCACUUGUCUCGCCACCUCCCUGCAGAAUCCCCAGGCCCCUAUUUUUCUUGAUAGCUCAAGAUGGUGUAUGCGUGUCAAUCAUCUGACUCUUCUUGGAGUCUUGUAUUUCAUGGGACUCCUGUGCAAACAUAUAUUAUUAAAAUUUUUAUCCUCCUGUUAA